AUGACAGGGGUAAGAUGCUACUUUACUGAAUUAGAUGAACGGGUAACGGGUCCAUUACGGUUUGGAGACGGAUCCAAAGUUCAGAUCAAAGGCAAAGGGACUAUUUUGCUAGAAUGCAAAAACAAAGAGCAACUUGUCAUUGCAAAAGUAUACUACAUUCCAGCCUUACGAAGCAACAUACUCAGCCUAAGGCAGAUGACCGAGGAAGGAUACAAGAUUGAAAUGCUACAUGAGUUUUUACAAGUGCAUGAUAACAUCAAUAGGCUGAUUAUGAAGGUACAACCUUCAAAGAAUCAUUUGUAUAAAAUUGUUUUGCACACCACACAACCUGUAUGUCUAAAUACUAGUCUAGAUGAUGUUGCUUGGCUGUGGCAUGCGAUAUUGGGGCAUGUGAAUUUUCGAGCCAUUGAAUCCAUGGUUGGAAAAGGGAUGGUUCGAGGUGGUCCACUAAUACAACAUCUUACACAGGUGUGCGAAGGUUGUUUAGUAGCUAAGAAAAUUAGACAUCUAUUCCCAAAAGAAGCUCAGUGGCGGGCAAACUACUCGUUAUAA